CAGUCAGUCAUUACGGGGACAGUAUGGAGUUCAGGUCUCUCUCUGUGAUACUCUUGCUGACUGUCCUCAUCCACAGUGGACAAACAGAUCUACCCAAACCUACACUGACUGUAGAACCAGAGAGACCUGUGUUCAGUGGAGAGUCAGUCACUCUGAAGUGUGAGAUUAAAGGUUAUGAUGGAUGGACGUAUCAGUGGUAUAAACAGGAUAAACAGAGUGAACUGACUGCAGUGUCUCAGUCUGAUUAUCACACUGUAGACGGAGACACUCUCACCAUCAGAGGAGACACUGUGAUUAAUGGAGAUCAGUAUCUGUGUAGAGGAGAGAGACACGACAGAUCAACAUCAUCAGAGUACAGUGACUCUGUUACUCUCACUGUAGAGGCUUUACCUACUGCUGAACUCACUGUAGAGCCCAAACAGAGUCCUGUGUUCAGUGGAGAGUCAGUCACUCUGAAGUGUGAGAUUAAAGGUUAUGCUGGAUGGACGUAUCGGUGGUAUAAACACGAUAAACAGAGUGAACUGACUGCAGUGUCUCAGUCUGAGCAUCACACUGUAAACGGAGACACUCUCACCAUCAGAGCAGACACUGUGAUUAAUGGAGAGCAGUACUGGUGUAGAGGAGCGAGACAUGACAGACCAACAUCAUCAGAGUACAGUUCCUCUGUUACUCUGACUGUAAACGCUUUACCCACAGCUACACUGACUGUAGAGCCCAGAUGGAGCCCUGUGUUCACUGGAGAGUCAGUGACUCUGAAGUGUGAGAUACAGUCUCACAGUGACUGGAGAUAUCAGUGGUAUAAAGGCAGCAGUGGAACUGCAGUCAGUGAGUCUCAGACAAACACCGUCACCAUCAGAUCAGCAGCAGAUCAGGGUCAGUACUGGUGUAGAGGAGAGAGAGAUAACAGACCCUCAUCAUCACAACCCAGCAACACUGUUACUCUCACAGUGAAAGGAAAACCCACACCGACUGUGAAGGUGGAUCCUCAGAGCUCUGUCUACACUGGAGACACAGUUACUCUGACCUGUGAGGUGAAGUCUACUGGAUGGGAGUUUCUCUGGUACAAAGACUCUAAGGAAUUACAGCCUCAGAGUCCUGUAGGUAAAGAGACCAACACAGUCAGAGUAACAGUGACUCAUGCAGGAAGAACAGAGUUUAAAUGUGCAGCACGCAGAGGAGCCUACACAACACAGACCAGUGCUCCAGCCGCGAUCAAAGUUACAGCGAGACCAAAAGCUACAGUGACAAUACACCCAGCUGAUCCUGUGUUCAUCGGAGAGACAGUCACUCUCACAUGUCAUAUAGGAAGUGGACAUCAUUGGCAGUAUUACUGGUUUAAGGAUAGUAAACCUCUCAGUGAAGCUCAACAGAGUAAGGAAUACACCAUUUCUAAUGUUGCUGCGUCUCAUAGAGGAGAUUAUACCUGUAACGGAAGACAGUCAACACAGCCGCGUUACUCAGAGACCAGUGAUGCUGUUACACUGACUGUAUCAGGAAAACCCACACCGACUGUGAGGGUGGAUCCACAGCGCUCUGUCUACACUGGAGACACAGUUACUCUGACCUGUGAGGUGGAGUCUACUGGAUGGGAAUUUCUCUGGUAUAAAGACUCUCAGCCUCAGAGUCCUGUAGAUAAAGGCACCAAGACACUGAGUGUAACAGUGUCUCAUGCAGGAACAGCAGAGUUUAGAUGUGCAGCACGCAGAGGAGCCUACACAACACAGACCAGUGCUCCAGCCGUGAUCACAGUUACAGCGAGACCAAAAGCUACAGUGACAAUACACCAAGCUGAUCCUGUGUUCAUCGGAGAGACAGUCACUCUCACAUGUCAUAUAGGAAGUGGAAAUGGCUGGUAUUAUGAGUGGUUUAAGGAUAGUAAACCUCUCAGUGAAGCUGGACGGGGGAAUAAGUACAUCAUUUCUAAAGUUGCUGAGUCUCAUAGAGGAGUUUAUACCUGUAACGGAAGACAGUCAACACAGCCGCGUUACUCAGAGACCAGUGAUGCUGUUACACUGACUGUAUCAGGAAAACCCACACCGACUGUGAAGGUGGAUCCUCGGAGCUCUGUCUACACUGGAGACACAGUUACUCUGACCUGUGAGGUGAAGUCUACUGGAUGGGAAUUUCUCUGGUAUAAAGACCCUCAGCCUCAGAGUCCUGUAGAUAAAGGCACUAAGACACUGAGUGUAACAGUGUCUCAUGCAGGAACAGCAGAGUUUAGAUGUGCAGCCCGCAGAGGAGCCUACACAACACAGACCAGUGCUCCAGCCGUGAUAACAGUUACAGCGAGACCAAAAGCUACAGUGACAAUACACCAAGCUGAUCCUGUGUUCAUCGGAGAGACAGUCACUCUCACGUGUGAUAUAGGAAGUCGACAUCAUUGGCAGUAUGACUGGUUUAAGGAUAGUGAACCUCUCAGUGAAGCUCAACAGAGGAAGGAAUACACCAUUUCAAAAGUUGCUGCAUCUCAUAGAGGAGCUUAUACCUGUAAAGGAAGACAGUCAACAGAGCCGAGUUACUCAGAGACCAGUGAUGCUGUUACACUGACUGUAUCAGGAAAACCCACACCGACUGUGAAGGUGGAUCCUCAGAGCUCUGUCUACACUGGAGACACAGUUACUCUGACCUGUGAGGUGGAGUCUACUGGAUGGGAGUUUCUCUGGUACAAAGACUCUCAGCCAUUACAGCCUCAGAGUCCUGUAGAUAAAGAGACCAACACAGUCAGAGUAACAGUGUCUGACAAAGGAAGAACAGAGUUUAAAUGUGCAGCACGCAGGAAAAACUACUUCGACUACAGUUACCAACGCUAUGACGGCUACUACUACGACAACAGUAAGAAACGCCAUGUCUACUACAACGUCUACAACACACAUCGCAGUGCUCCAGCCGUGAUCACAGUUACAGCGAGACCAAAAGCUACAGUGACAAUACACCCAGCUAAUCCUGUGUUCAUCGGAGAGACAGUCACUCUCACAUGUCAUAUAGGAAGUGGACGUCAUUGGCAGUAUGACUGGUUUAAGGAUAGUAAACCUCUCAGUGAAGCUCAACGGAGGAAGGAAUACACCAUUUCUUAUGUUGCUGAGUCUCAUAGAGGAGAUUAUACCUGUAACGGAACACAGUCAACACAGCCGCGUUACUCAGAGACCAGUGAUGCUGUUACACUGACUGUACCAGGGAAAGAUCUGAUAACAGUGGCCACAGAGGAGUGCUCAAGAAGUUACACUCAAGAAAUGACACUAGAAGAUGGUGCUGUGAUUCUGGACAGUCCUGUUCAUCCUGUGACUGAGGGAGAUCCUCUGACUCUGCGCUGUUUAUAUCGUGACCCAAAGCCCUCAAACCUCACAGCUGAGUUCUAUAAGAAUGGAUCACUCCUCCAGACUCAGACUACAGGAGAGAUGACCAUCCGUACUGUCUCAAAGUCAGAUGAAGGUCUCUACCACUGUAAACACCCAGAGAGAGGAGAGUCUCCUCAGAGCUGGAUCUCAGUCAGAGGUGAAUCUAAAUCAGGAGCUUCAUUCUCAGUGUUCAGUCUGCUCAGUAGUUUAAUGGCAGCAUCUCCGUAUCUGCUGGUGUCCAUUGUGCUGAUGGUGAAAUGCUACAGAGCUCGAGCUAAACCUGAUGAGCUGAACUCAAUGUGACCCUUAACAGAAGCUGGAGCUGGAGAAAGUUUCUUUGGUCAUGGUUAUGAUCUUGUGAGAAGCCCAAGUUUGCGGUUUAGCAGUUUGCAUGGCUGUGCUUUACCUUUCAUAGUUGAGGAAGAUGUUAAACCCCAAUUAGAGAUCAUUUCAUCUGGUAAGUCAGUAAUAGAGGUUUUUAAAUAAUGACUCCACUACCCUGUAUGAUCAGUUGAUAUAUUUGCUUUGCUAAAUUCUUUGUUUUAUUGUUACUACUGUAACAAACUUUCUGCUGUCAGCAAAAAAAGAAAUAUGUAGAAGGUCUUGAUGCAGGUUAAUAUAAUAUUUUUGAUAUAUUUGAUAACUCGUAAAUUUCAUUAUGUGAACUACAGUGUUCAAUCCCUUUUUAAAAAAUAUAUUUUUGUUUUAA